UCCUGCCUGGUCUGGGUUCGCUGAUGUGGUGAUCGGGAAUUAGCAAACCUUCGAGGCCAGUUCACACUCAUCUUUAGUUUGUAUAUGUUUCACAUUUAUAAAAAGUAUGCCUUAUUUUCAGACCUGGGAAGAGUUCGCUCGUGCGGCCGAGAAGCUUUAUCUGACAGAUCCUAUGAAGGUCCGGGUGGUCCUAAAGUACCGGCACUGUGACGGUAACCUUUGCAUCAAAGUAACCGACGAUGCUGUGUGUUUGCAGUACAAGACGGACCAGGCGCAGGACGUGAAGAAGAUCGAGAAGCUACACGGGAAACUGAUGAGGCUGAUGGUCUCCAAGGAGUCGCACAGCGGCGCUAUGGAAACGGACUGAUCUGACCCGUCGUUGCAACCGACUCCGGAGUAGUGGACUGGCCGUCGGUCAGCAGCACGUUUAAACAACACGACGCCGGACAGCUGAGAGACAUUGGGAUUGAUUGGAGGAGAGGAGGAGGAGAGGGGGGGGGGGGGAAUGUAGGGAUGGUGGGAAUCAAACCCUGAGAUGGAGAGUUGAACUUGCUCAGAGCCAGGAUGGAGCUCUGGUAAAGGGCUUGUGUAUUUAUUUUAAAGAUGGGACAAUAAGAGACGUGUCUUACUCACAUAGAUGAUUUUCAUUAUGGAGCCUAUGUACUUCUUUUAGGUUUUCAUUCGUUUGUCUGGAGGAACUGUUGUUCAGGACCAUGUUGGAAGUGAAGCAGAACCUAUUUUCCUCAAGUGAAAGAAUCGUGCCUCCAAUGUCAUUUCAGCAACUCUGCUAGUUAGUUAUAUAGGCUACUCAAUAAAUGUUUAUAUGCCCCA